CUGUGCAUGCGCACUGGCGCUCCUCCCGCCUCCGCGCGGGCUUCACACUGGCCAGUUGCGCGUGGGCUGACGCCCGGGGCGGGCGUUGUGAAGACUUGUUUGGUUGGGCACUGGCCCCGCGGCGGUCUGGAGUUCCCUUCCUCGGGGUAGUGGGGUGCAGACCCUUCACCUAACGUAAAUGGGCUGUCGCGUGAGCUACUAAGGGCAGGCUGGGGAGCGUGGGGGCCGGGGCCGCGGCCAUGAACUCACCCGUGGACCCUGGCGCUAGGCAGGCGCUGAAGAAGCAGCCGCCCGAGCGGACCCCGGAGGACUUAAAUACUAUUUAUUCUUAUCUUCAUGGAAUGGAAAUAUUAUCAAAUCUCAGGGAGCAUCAGCUUAGAUUAAUGUCUGCAAAAGCACGCUAUGAGAGAUACAGUGGCAAUCAAAUUCUUUUUUGUUCAGAAACUAUUGCCAGAUGUUGGUACAUCUUGCUUUCUGGAUCCGUGCUUAUGAAAGACUCCAUGGUCUUGCCUCCUUGCAGUUUUGGUAAGCAGUUUGGAGGAAAAAGAGGAUGUGAUUGUCUUGUGUUAGAGCCUUCAGAAAUGAUUGUGGUAGAGAAUUCCAAAGAUAAUGAAGAUAGUAUUCUGCAAAGAGAAAUUCCUGCCAGGCAGUCGCGACGAAGAUUUAGGAAAAUUAACUAUAAGGGAGAGCGCCAAAUCAUUACUGAUGAUGUGGACAUUAACAGCUAUCUUUCUCUUCCAGCCGAUCUUACCAAGAUGCAUAUCACAGACAACCCUCAUCCACAGGUGACUCAUGUGUCUUCUAGUCAGUCUGGUUGUAGCAUCGCCAGUGACUCUGGGAGCAGCAGUUUAUCUGAUAUCUAUCAGGCUACUGAAAGUGAGGUGGGAGAUGUAGAUUUAACGCGUCUACCAGAAGGACCUGUCGAUUCUGAAGAUGAAGAAGAGGAAGAGGAAGAGAUGGAUCAAACAGAUCCGUUGCAGGGGCGAGAUAUCGUUCGGGAAUGUCUUGAAAAAGAACCUGCAGACAAAACUGAUGAUGACAUUGAACAGUUACUGGAGUUUAUGCACCAGCUCCCUGCUUUUGCAAACAUGACUAUGUCUGUAAGGAGAGAACUCUGCUCAGUGAUGAUUUUUGAGGUGGUGGAGCAGGCUGGAGCUAUUAUUCUUGAAGAUGGGCAAGAGCUUGAUUCAUGGUAUGUUAUUUUAAAUGGUACUGUAGAAAUCAGUCAUCCAGAUGGAAAAGUUGAAAAUCUCUUCAUGGGGAAUAGUUUUGGAAUUACUCCCACUCUGGAUAAGCAGUACAUGCAUGGAGUUGUUAGGACUAAAGUAGAUGAUUGUCAGUUUGUCUGCAUAGCCCAGCAGGAUUAUUGGAGAAUUUUAAAUCAUGUGGAAAAAAAUACCCAUAAAGUUGAGGAAGAGGGAGAAAUUGUUAUGGUGCAUGAGCACCGUGAGCUAGAUCGGAGUGGAACCAGGAAAGGACACAUUGUGAUUAAGGCAACACCUGAGCGUCUCAUCAUGCAUUUAAUGGAAGAGCAUUCCAUUGUGGACCCGACUUAUAUAGAAGAUUUCCUUUUAACUUAUAGGACAUUUCUUGAAAGUCCUUUGGAUGUUGGGAUCAAACUGUUGGAAUGGUUUAAAAUUGACAGCUUAAGGGAUAAGGUAACUCGGAUUGUAUUAUUAUGGGUAAACAAUCAUUUUAAUGAUUUUGAAGGUGAUCCUGCUAUGACUCAAUUUCUGGAGGAAUUUGAAAAAAAUCUGGAAGAUACAAAAAUGAAUGGUCAUCUCCGGUUAUUGAAUAUUGCCUGUGCUGCAAAGGCUAAGUGGAGACAGGUUGUGCUACAGAAGGCUUCCCGGGAGUCUCCCCUGCAUUUCAGCCUUAACGGAGGAAGUGAGAAGGGAUUUGGUAUUUUUGUUGAAGGAGUAGAACCUGGCAGCAAAGCUGCUGAAGCAGGACUGAAACGUGGUGAUCAGAUAAUGGAAGUUAACGGGCAAAACUUUGAGAAUAUUACAUUUGUGAAGGCCCUUGAAAUUUUGAGGAAUAAUACUCAUCUUGCACUUACUGUAAAGACCAACAUUUUUGUGUUCAAAGAGUUACUCAGUAGGACUGAACAAGAGAAAUCUGGUGUUCCUCAUAUUCCCAAAAUUGCUGAAAAAAAAAGUAAUCGCCAUUCAAUCCAGGAUGUGCCAGGAGACAUUGAACAGACAUCACAGGAGAGAGGAAAUAAAAAAGUAAAAGCAAAUACUGUUUCAGGUGGAAGAAAUAAAAUCAGGAAAAUUCUGGAUAAAACACGAUUCAGCAUCUUGCCUCCAAAACUGUUCAGUGAUGGAGGUCUGAGCCAAUCCCAGGAUGACAGCAUUGUGGGGACAAGACACUGUAGGCACAGCCUGGCUAUCAUGCCCAUUCCUGGAACUCUCUCUUCCAGUAGCCCUGAUCUCCUGCAGCCCACCACCAGCAUGUUGGAUUUUUCUAAUCCUUCAGAUAUACCUGAUCAAGUUAUAAGAGUUUUCAAAGCAGAUCAACAAAGUUGCUAUAUUAUCAUCAGUAAAGACACUACAGCUAAAGAAGUUGUUUGUCAUGCUGUUCACGAGUUUGGUUUGACUGGUGCAUCGGACACCUAUUCUCUCUGUGAAGUUUCUGUUACUCCUGAGGGUGUCAUAAAACAGAGAAGACUUCCGGAUCAGUUUUCCAAAUUGGCUGACAGAAUCCAGCUUAAUGGAAGGUAUUAUUUAAAAAAUAACAUGGAAACAGAAACCUUAUGUUCAGAUGAAGAUGCUCAAGAACUAGUUAAGGAAAGUCAACUCUCCAUGCUGCAGCUCAGUACCAUUGAGGUGGCCACUCAGCUGUCAAUGAGAGACUUUGAUUUGUUUCGUAAUAUUGAGCCUACUGAAUAUAUUGAUGACCUUUUUAAAUUAGAUUCCAAAACCGGGAAUACUCACUUGAAAGAAUUUGAGGACAUUAUUAAUCAAGAGACAUUCUGGGUUGCAUCGGAGAUUUUAACCGAAUCAAAUCAGCUGAAACGAAUGAAGAUUAUUAAGCAUUUUAUUAAAAUUGCACUUCAUUGUCGAGAAUGUAAAAACUUCAAUUCCAUGUUUGCAAUAAUAAGUGGCUUGAACCUGGCAUCUGUAGCACGACUCAGAGGUACCUGGGAAAAGUUACCAAGCAAGUAUGAGAAACACCUCCAAGAUCUGCAAGACCUUUUUGAUCCAUCUAGAAACAUGGCCAAGUAUAGAAAUAUUCUUAGUAGUCAAAGCAUGCAGCCUCCAAUUAUUCCACUCUUCCCUGUUGUCAAGAAAGAUAUGACAUUUCUACAUGAAGGAAAUGACUCCAAAGUAGAUGGCUUGGUAAAUUUUGAGAAGCUAAGAAUGAUUGCCAAGGAAAUCCGUCAGGUUGUUCGAAUGACUUCUGCUAACAUGGACCCAGCUAUGAUGUUCCGACAGAGGAAGAAGAGGUGGCGAAGUCUGGGGUCAUUGAGUCAAGGCAGCACAAACUCAAAUGUGCUGGAUGUUCAGGGUGGUGCUCACAAAAAAAGGGCUCGUCGCAGCUCUCUGCUUAAUGCCAAGAAACUCUAUGAGGAUGCCCAAAUGGCAAGGAAAGUGAAACAGUAUCUUUCCAGUCUGGAUGUAGAGGCGGAUGAGGAGAAGUUUCAGAUGAUGUCAUUGCAGUGGGAACCUGCAUAUGGUACCUUGACGAAGACUUUAAAUGAGAAAAGAUCAGCCAAAUCAUCUGAAAUGUCUCCAGUACCUGUGAGGUCAGCUGGCCAGACAGCCAAAGCUCAUUUGCAUCAGCCCCACAGGGUAAGCCAUGGACUUCAGGUGCCUGCCGUUAACUUGCAUCCCAUCAGGAAAAGGGGACAAGCGAAGGACCCUGCCACACUGAGUACAAGUAUAUCUCAAAAAGUUCUAGGGACAGCCGAAGAAAUGAGUGUCAAGAAACACACAGAAGAUACUCUCUCUGUGGCAGCGUCCGUGCAUUCUAGUCCUCCCGCAUCUCCUCAAGGCUCCCCUCGCAAAGGUCAUACACUUAUGCCAUCAGCUAAAUCUGACAACUUGUCUGACUCCAGCCAUAGCGAGAUUUCAUCACGGUCCAGCAUCGUGAGCAACUGUUCUGUUGACUCCAUGUCUGCAGCUCUACAGGAUGAACGGUGUUCCUCCCAGGCUGUAGCAGUCCCUGAAUCCUCUGGGGCCUCGGAAAAGACAGAGCCGUCCUCCGGAGUGGGAGACCACAGUCAGCUUGGCCCUGGGUGGACACUCUCAAAGCCAUCUCUGGUCAAGAAUUUAGCUAUCUCUUCUUCCAUGAGCAGUGAAGAGAUAUCUCAUGAGCAUAUCAUUAUAGAAGCAGCUGACAGUGGUCGUGGAAGUUGGACUUCCUGUUCUAGCAGCUCGCAUGAUAACUUCCAAAGCCUUCCAAACCCAAAAGGCUGGGAGUUUCUAAACUAUCGUCACACCCAUUGGGACGGUCCCAUUGCUGAAGUUGAACCUACUGACUGUGAGCCCUGUUCGUGUCCUAAAGGCCGUGCCAGAACUUGUGGUCAUUGUAAAGGAAGCCUAGAGAACAGUCAGAUGAGGCAGAGUUGGACCUCCUCCAGUUCUCUGUCUGACAUGUGCGAACCAAACUAUGGAACAGUUAAACGGAGGGUGUUGGAGAGCACCCCAGCUGAGUCACCUCAAGGCUUGGACCCCAGGGACGGCACUGACCCAGUUUAUAAAACUGUUACUUCAAGUACAGAAAAGGGUUUGAUUGUGUACUGUGUCACCUCACCCAAGAAGGAGGAUAGGUAUAGGGAGCCACCUCCCACUCCUCCAGGAUACAUGGGGAUUUCUUUAGCGGACCUAAAGGAAGGACCCCACGUGCGCCUGAAACCUCCAGACUAUAGUGUGGCUGUGCAGAGGUCAAAGAUGGCGCACGAAAGCCUCUGUAGACUGCCACCAGCUUCUCUCAGUAGCAGCCCUGUGGCCUGUGUUCCAUCGAAGAUUGUCACUCAGCCCCAGAGGCAUAAUUUGCAGCCAUCCCAUCCUAAACUAGCAGAUGUGAUCGAUGCAGAUAGCGAAGCAGAUGAAAAUGAACAGGUUUCAGCAGUCUAGCAUUUUGACCAUUGGAGGCCUGCUGUAAGUCGGUGAGGAAAGAGUGGGCAGAUCCACCUCACGGCCCUGCUCAAGGGGCAGACAGCUCCUUGCUGCCGCUGCCCAGGGAGGGGUUCUGUGCCCUGUGCUCCGAGCAGCACUAUGGCCCCAAGCCCUGCGUCGUCCCCUUUCAUCCUCGCAGAUGCAUCUCUUCUCCGCUACGGAUGUGCCUGGACACCGGUCUUCAGUUUGCACACCAGACCUGCCUUGGGACCACAGUUACUCUAACAAAUUCAAGCUCAAGAGUCCUCCCUGUAUAUAUUACUAUAGAUUUUUCUUUAACAUGUUUUUUUUAAGAUAGCAGUUGGUAAAAGUAUUUCCAAGCCAUAGCUUGGACUAAUGGACAAAUUCAAAAUGUCUGCCAAUACCAAGGCUAGUUUCAUGUCUUGAAAACUAACUUAUUGUCUGAAGUUUUGUGGUUUUGUUUGUAUUUGGGAGCUCUCAUUAACUGAUGUUUAAUGUUAGAGGCCCUAAAACUACCCCUGGUCUGACCAAGCAGAAGGCAUCCUUGCAGGACGAUAUGCUUGGUCUUUACAGAGGUGGACCUUGGUCUGUCACACCAGUGCCAUUUGGGGAAUCUGAGUGGAGGAGGCCCUUGGCAGUGGGGGUGUUAGGAAGGAAAACAGUGCCACCUGCCGGUCCGACGUGGAAGGCCAAGUGCAGCUUCCUCAGGUUUGCUUACCAGUCCUGUGGGAAAAGGAGGCUAUGAGGGGGUGAGUAGCAGCCCUAAUUUCCAAAGAAUGAAAUUUUUAUGUUAAAUAACAUGUAUGCCGAUUCUUUCUGAAGUGAAAGUCAUGCUGCAUCUAACAUCAAUUAAAAGUAUAAAUCCAAUAAAUAAGAAAAUGGGUUGUUGAGAGUUCUUUAGAAACCCCAAACUAAAAUGUUUCACACAUCAUUUAAAGGAAGCCCGAUCCUCUGUGGAUUCAGCUUUAUGCAGUACUGUGUUCUGUCCUCUGCCAUCCCCAAGCACAGGCUGUGUUCAAUCUCGAUAAAACUGCAGCUCCUGGCUGCAAAAAGUGACCUGCAAAAGCUGUGAGCUCCCCAGGCAUAUAACUGGUUGGGGUUCUGUGGGGGCAGGGGGGCCACAGUUGUGGGAAUGAAUCUCUGUUCUGGGUUCUCAGUUUAGUCCUUGAGAGGAAAGAGAUUAACACUCUGUUGGGCAUGGCACUCUUCAGUAUUCCAUUAAAAUUUCAGUGACUGUUCACUGGAUAAGCUAGACUUUUCACAUUUUUUACAAAUUAAAUGUUUUCUGAAUUUAAAAUUUUUCCAUUUGCUUUUUAGUAUAAAGGCGAGUGAGAGUUUAAUAAACAUCUGUGACUACCAAAAAAAAAGCCAAAGCCAUUAACGUGCACUUCCCAGGUCAGCCUGGAGCCACAGCAAGUCCGCCUCUGCCUUGGUUGCCCAUAGGCAGGUUUGUAGGAUUUAUGUAGCUGGUUUGUGUCUUCCUUCUCAAAUUCUUUUCUUUUUUUCUAUCGUAAUUUCUUCCCUCUCUCUACCUGCUUAUCCCCUUCAUUUUAAAACCAUAAAAUGAUUGCAAGUAGUAAAUGGCAGUAGUCCAUCUUUUCCAUCAAAAUGAUCAUCUCUUCAUUUUAGGAAAAAGUAGCAUUUCUGAAAAAUUCCCCUGGCCCAAAAACAUAAAUCUGAAACUUAAGCCUUAGACAUUAACCCCAGGUAUGUUAGAGUAAGGCUGCCAUAGCUCGCUGUCCAUUCAGAUGAAAAAUGGCCUGGAUCAAAAAUCCUGGCUUGAAAAGUCACCCUAGUGAUUUGACCUGUAGACGGUUUUGUAGUCCUCUGAUCAGUUUUUCUUUCACUGAUUUACACAAUAUUGUUUUCUUAUCCAGAGCACACUAAAGAAAGUGAAAGAUAUUUUUAUUAGAACCAUCUUUUUUAUCAAGUUUGGGUGUCUAUUCCCACCAUUUUAUAUCCCUUACCCCAGAAAAAUGUGCUCUUUGCACAGAAUCUGUUUAUUUGCAGGUCUUUCAAACCAAAUGAGAGCCUUUCCCUUCUUUGUCCUUACAGUGCCGGUAACAUCUCACACAGUCGGCGGCUUGGGGCUUGGGGCUUGGGACUUGCACCUAGCUGCCUUUAUUUCAUCUGCUUGAACUGUGAGUUUUUGGAUUAGCUGAUCACAUUGAUCAGGAACUAAAGCCAAAUGCUUUGUAGUUUGCUAUAUAUGUAUCCCUUAAAAACUUGUGGAGUUUGAUUUUUGUAUUUUAGUUUAGGGUACAUUCCUGCCUUCUCCUAGUUUGUCAAACCAGGACUAGAACAAGAGAAGCCUUCACCUGUAUUCGCUCUGACUCUAAAUCCUCAUUUGUUUUUAUUGUAUAAAUGUAUGACUUUAAUGGAAAGACUAGUGCCCACGUCCCACCUCAACUCUGAAUCUGCCAUGACGUUGAAGUAGUAUAUCUGCAGUGCAAACUUUUGCCAAAUAAGUUUCAAUAACACAACCUCUUCAUAAUGAAGGACUUUCAGAAUUAGUAAAUCCAGUAUAUCCAUAAAAGUUUAUUGUAACUAAGAGAUUCUUACUUCCUCCAAAUGAUUACUUUCAAUAUGGUCUUGGGGAGAAAAAGACUUAAACGGUUUUCCACAAGGGUGAUGUCACACUGUCAUUGUCUGCAUAACCUUGAGAAUCUCUCCCAGGCUGGAACCGUGGCCAUGAUCAUAGGGAUUUCCAAGGACAAGCCUAAUUUCUAUAAAGCAUUGUCUCCACUACAAGAAGAAGGGGAGAAACAGUUUCCUUGUAUAUUCAAAACAAUGGAUAUUAUUAUGAUAUAUUUUUAAGUUUCUCAAAAAAAUGUAAUAGUGACCCUUUAGCAUUACUGUAAAGGCUGGAACAAAGGGAUAAACUUUCAGGAAUGUGUUACAGUACAUUUUCAGAUUUAAACUUGAACCCCAGCUCAACUUUAGUUUUUUCUAUGCUUUUUUAAGGCUUCUUUGAGUUUUGGUACACACAAUGCAGUUGUAUUUGGUGUUUAAAGUUGAAACGUGAGCUUGUGAGCAAAAGACAGAAAAAAACUGCACAGUUGUGAUAAACAACAGUCACACUGCACGGUCCAGCGAUGGUAAGGCAGCCUGUGCCGAGCAAUGUCUGUCUCCUACUUUUUGAUACCUCUUCAACUUACGUCUUUCAGAAAGACAGUGCCUCUGUAUGCUUUUUUGUAUUUUUACUGAGUACAAAUACUUGUUAUAUUUUUGGUUAAGAGAAUGUAAAAGUACCAUUUAUUAUUAUUAUACCUCCUAAUUCAUUGGUGGAAUCAAUAAAAAAUCUACAUGAACUACCUCUGCAUUUUAUUGCAAAUGCAUGGAAGCAGAUAAAAUAAUUACACCCAGUCACUCAGGGGCCACUCUGUGACCUACAUUGGCAUGAAGGACUUCAUUUUUUAAGUUUCCAGAGUAAUUGGAAUGGCCCAACCAUUGCAGACUUUAUAGUGUCUGUAAAACACCUAGCUGUUGUUCAGUUUUUUUAAAUGUAUUUGAUUACAAACCAAAUAACAGUGGAUUACUCCCCAAGGUGCCUGUUUUUCUCUCACAACAGGAAAGUCUCCAGGCUGACUGUCAGGGCUGAUACCAUGUCACUGUCCAGUGACACCACAGUGUUGUCAGGGACUUGGGGCCCUCACGUUUAUACCUGGAGGCAGUGUUUCACAAAGGAAGAGCUUGAGGGGGAAGCCCAAAGGUGUGGCCCAUUUUAUUAGCCAGGUAGCAGCUUUUCCAGAAGCUCCACUUAUAUCCCACUAGUCAGCCCUAUGUCAUAUGACCAGAAGCUGCAAGGAAACCUAGGAAAUAAACUUGCACAGCUGAGUAAUGAUGGCCCCAAAUAAAAGUUGGGAUUCUUUUCAGAGCAGAAGAAAGAAUGGAUGUGGGAUAUAGGCAGCUAGCCAGGUCUACCAAAGCAUGUAAUUGCCUACUCCCCUAGGAAGUACACCUCCCGUGGUAGGUAAGGCUUCUACCUCCUCCCAGUUUACCCCUUCGCAGCACACACAGCAGUUUUUUCCCAGGCCAUUCCUUCUCUUGACCAUGUCUCAUCAGUGUCACUAGUUGAUUGCUUUUUUAGAAAAUAUUAAACACAAGUGUUACUACACUUGUUGAAUAAUGGCUACCUGAAAUAUGGAGUCAUAAUCCUUGAAAUCUGUAAAUGUUCCUGUAUUUGAGAAAGGGGUCUUUGCAAAUGAAAUUAAGUUAAGCAUUGUGAGAGAGGCUGUUACUUUGGAUUCUCUGGGUGGACCCUAAAGCCAUCACUAGUGUCCUUACCAAGGAGGUUAACAGGUGGAGGAGAAGGCAGCUGGAGACCGCAGAGAGGGGAAGCCUUGGAAAGAGCACUGACAGCCCCAGGACUGGGAGAGACAGCGCUGCCCUGGUGACGCCUCCAUGGGCUUCUGGCCUCCUGUUUGAAGCCGUCUUGGUUUUGGUCAGUUUUGGUAAUCUGUCAGAGCAGCCCUAGGGAAAGUAAUUCACACCACCGUAUUUGUCUCAUGUUGGGGACUCAGAAUCUGUAGUUAAAGGCUGCGGUGGUCUGUAAAUGUACUUUAGGAAUCCCCACCCCACUCCCCGAGAAGCGCAUGAUACGCAGAGGGACUGGCCGUCCCAGACGCCGCCUCCAGAGCAGCCUGGCCGGCCGGCUGCCACAUUCCCAAAGACUCCCAGGUGGGGUGCUCCUUCAUGCUGGCCAGACUUACUGGUGGUUUUCAUUUUUCUCAUUCCAGACAUUCUGGUUAUGAUGUACUGGUGUCUUGCUGUUGCUUCAAUUUUGAUUUCUAUAAUGACUAAUACUAAAACAUCUUUUCAAAGACUUUUUGGCCAUUUGGAACUAUUUUAUGAAUUAUGUUUUUAGGUCUUUUGUUAUUUGUUGCUAGAAUGUUGAAACAGUUGUUUUAUGAUGACAUUGUAUCCAGUAACUUUGCUAGAUUCAUUUAUUAAUUCAAUAGUUUGUAUGUUCUUUUGGAUUUUUCUGUGUACAGGUGACCCUUGAGCAACAUGGAUCUGAACUGAGCAGGUCCACUUAUAAUGCAGAUUUUUUUCAAUAAACAUUGUGGAAAAUUU